AUGUUGAGCUAUGCGAGCGGGUCUGUGGUUCUCUGGCGACUUCGCAUCUUUGUUUUCACCCUUCUCUCAGUUUACUCUUUAGUUGCACACGCUUCGAACGAUACCUUGCUAUGGGGUCCCUACCGGCCAAACCUCUACUUUGGGGUCCGACCACGAGUUCCCAACAGCCUGUUGACCGGUUUGCUAUGGGCCAACACCGACAACUAUGGCACCGCCCAGCUCAAUUUCCGUCACACCUGCGAGCAGCAUGAGGGAAUGGCCGGUUAUGGCUGGGAAGAGUAUGAUGUUCGAAAGGGAGGAAGACAAGUUAUACACGACACGGGGAACCAGAUUGAUUUGACUAUUGAUUUUGUGAAGACUCCUGGCGGAGAACAUGGCGGGAACUGGGCUGCGAGGAUAAAGGGCGUCCCAAGAGAAGAUGCGCCCGCUACCCUGGUCACGACUUUGAUCUUCUAUGCUGGCAUGGAAGGACUGGGUGAGCUCGCAUUCACGAACACGGACGAGGAAGAUGAACUGGUGACCCUGCAUGGCGAGACAACUGAGCUUGGGCAAUUCGACAUUUCCUUCGAAGAUUCGUCGGAGAACCUCUUGCCAUACAAAACACACCCGGCGUGGGAUUCCAAGCCACUCGACAGGCCGCUUCUGUGCAGCCUGCAAAUACCGCCGGAUGCCAUCUGGCAAGCCAAGAACAUUGUUUUCGCAAGCAUGAAGUCCGAGAUCGAUGGUCUCGUACAGCAGCAUGGCCAAGAGAACAUGCCACCUCCGUGGCAGGCCUUCUCUAUCCCGCGGCAGCCUGGUCCGGGGAAUUUCCACAUGGUCCAGAAGAUAUUUGUUGGCGCUUUUGAGACCGAUAUCCAAUUCAAAUCUGUCUCUGGCCCUGCGGUGUCGUCGGAAUCUCUCACGAAAUCCAUCUCGGGUUCCUCGACUGAAUUCAAAAAGAAGUUCAAAGAGGUCUUCAAACCGUUGCCGCCGUUUACCAAACCUAUCUACACCGACUUCUCCGCGUCCAUGUUCUCCAAUUUGUUCGGCGGAAUUGGAUACUUCUAUGGGGAUUCCCUGGUUGACAGAUCUUAUGCUCCAGAAUACGACGAGGACAACGAAGGAUUCUGGGACGAAACUGCGGCUGCACGCGCACGAGCGGAGAUUGUCAAGGAUCCUCCCGCCGAGCUCUUCACCAGCGUGCCCUCCAGACCUUUCUUCCCCCGUGGGUUCUUAUGGGACGAGGGGUUCCAUCUCAUCCCCAUCGCGGACUGGGAUCUUGACGUUACGAUCGACAUCGUCAAGUCAUGGUUCAACCUCAUGGAUCAGGACGGGUGGAUUGCUCGCGAGCAGAUCCUCGGCGCUGAAGCACGGAGCAAAGUGCCUCCAGAAUUCCAAGUCCAAUACCCGCACUACGCCAACCCACCCACGCUCUUCCUCAUCAUCGACAUUCUGAUGGACAAAAUGUCCAGUCCCACACACGCUACGUCCAAAAGUCACAUCGAAAGUGAGCUCCGGACCCUGUACCCCUUGCUCAAACGCCAGUACUACUGGUUUCGCCGCACGCAAUUUGGGGACAUCAAAUCCUACGAUCGCGAGGCUUAUUCCACCAAAGAAGCAUAUCGAUGGCGUGGACGGACACCACAACACAUCCUCCCUUCUGGACUUGACGACUACCCGCGCCCUCAACCUCCUCAUCCGGGCGAACUCCACACCGAUCUCAUCUCGUGGGUGGGCAUGAUGUCGCGUGUUCUCGUGCGUUUGUCCACUUUGCUUUCCGAGGCCGACGACAUCCCCGACUUUACGUCGCAACACAAAGCCAUACUCCGCAACAUCGACGACCUCCACUGGUCAAAGGAACACAAAUGCUACUGCGACGCCACCAUCGACGACUACGAAGAUUCCGUGCACGUCUGUCACAAGGGCUACAUUUCCCUCUUCCCCUUCAUGACCGGCCUCCUACCACCCACCCACCCUCACCUACCCGACGUGCUCGACCUGAUCUCAUCGCCCUCGGAGCUGUGGUCCCCUUACGGGAUCCGCUCCCUCUCCAAAUCCGACGCCUUCUACGGCACGGACGAGAACUACUGGCGCUCUCCAAUCUGGGUCAACAUGAACUACCUCAUCCUCAAAUCGCUCCUCGAUCUCGUCCGAUCCACCGACCCCGCCCCGCCAGUCAAGGUGAAGACCCAAGCCAUCAAGAUCUACACCGACCUGCGCAAGAACUUGGUUGAGACCGUGUUCAACGAGUGGGACCGCACCGGCUUCGCCUGGGAGCAGUAUAACCCGGAGACAGGCGAGGGCCAGCGCACGCAGCACUUCACCGGCUGGACGAGUCUGGUCGUGGUCAUCAUGAGGAUGCCCGACCUAAGUAAUUCCGGCGGCGAAGGGAUCCAGCACGGCGAACUAUGA